AAUGAUUUUAAAUCCUGAAUAUAAUCAAGUAUGCUCGAAAUCUUGGCUAAAUCAAUUUUCCUCGACGGUCUAUAUCGGAGGUAUUUUUAUUGGAAGCUCAUGUUGCGGUUUCCUGUCUGAUAGAUUUGGCCGAAAGGUUGUUUUGGGUAUAGGAACCCUUUUACAUAUGGGAUUUGGGAUAGGUGGAGCAUACGCACCAAAUACAGCUCUUUUCUUAAUUUUUCGAUUCUUCCAAUCUAUUGGAUCAAAUUUUACUUUUAUUGCAGGAUUUGUACUAGGCCAAAUUGAAAUAUAUACUGCUCUGUGUUUGACAGUGAUGGAAUUAAUAGGACCAAUUUACAGAGAAUCAGCUGGAAUACUUUAUCAAUUCUUCUUCUCCAUAGGAUUUAUGAUUUUACCAGGAAUAGCCUAUUUUAUACGCCAAGUAGAAAGAUUGCAAUUAACCCUAUCGUUAUCAAUACUGCCCAGCUUUCUCCUAUUAUUAAUUCUACCAGAAUCACCUCGAUGGUUGUUCUCCAAGGGACGUUUUGAAGAAUCAAAAAAGCUACUGGAAAAGGUAGCAAGAAUAAAUAAUAAAACACUACCAGAUUUAGAUUUAAAAGCAAUAUACGAAAAUGAAAGAGCAGACAAUCCAGAGAAAGCUAACGAGAAAUCCGUUACCCUUUCUGAUAUGUUAAAGAGCAGACAAGUUGCUUUGGAACUAUUUAUAUGCAGCAUAGCAUGGUUUACUAAUAGUUUAGUUUAUUAUGGCUUAUCUUUGAAUACGGGUACUUUAUCUGGAUCCAUAUUCCUUAAUACCUUUCUAUCUGGUAUCGUUGAAAUUCCUGCUCAUAUAAUAUGCAUAUUUGGUUUAAAAUACUACGGAAGGGUUCCCACUUUUUCUGGUGCUUUUCUUUUCGCCGGUGUUACGUCUAUUGCCAACGUUUUUGCGAUUGCGUUCAAUGCACCACAAGCACUACAAACAACUCUAAGCAUGAUGGGUAAAGCGUCCAUAACCGUCUCUUUUGACGUUGCUUAUGUCUUAUCAGCCGAAUUAUUUCCAACGCCCAUUAGAGCACUCUCCCUAGGAAUAUGUAGUUCCGUGUCCAGAAUAAGCGGGAUGGCGUCACCCUAUGUUGGAGGAAGUCUACAAAAAGUACAAAAAUACCUUCCAGCGUUAAUAUUUGGAGUCUUUGGUUUUGCAUCAUUUGCGCUAACUGUCUUGUUACCGGAAACCAGUGGGAAACCAAUGCCGGAUACUUUAGAAGAGGCUGAAGCUAUUGGAAGAGUAGGAUGCCGAUUUUGUAGAAAGAAGACUGGAUCUGUUGAACCGGAAAAAAACAAUUCUUAA